UCAGAAAAAAUUGAAAAGAAAAAUCAUUUAUUUGUGAAGAUAUAGGCAUAUACUUUUUGUGUCCUUGGUUGCAUCCAGGGAGUUGAUGGCAUCCAUCCUUGUAGUUUCCAGAAGAAUUGAUGGUAUCCAUCCUGGUAGUUGCCUGAAAAUUCCUACCAUUUUAGAAUCUGGGUUGUUCUAGGGGGCAUUCGCCAUUUUUCGAUUUCCAAGAAGUUCUCAUCAAGUCUUACUUCAGUGAGUGCUCUUUGUAUGUUUAUAGAGGAGUUGAUGAUAUAAGAAAAGGAUACAUACACACACACACACACACACACUAUCUGGAACAGACUAUAGAUGGUAAUUCAGCUUCAUCCCAUGCCUGCAACAUGGGUGUAGUGGAUGAUUCUCGUCGGGAACUUAGUAGUUGGGUAUUGUGCAUGCUCAAUAAGCAUUAAUGCAUGUAAGAUCCAGCCAUUGUGCAGAAGAUUGUGGAUUUGUUUUCAGGAGUUUAAUUGUUUGCAAUGUCCUGCUUUUGCUUUCUCAUAUGAACCGUGUAUACGAGUAAAAUAGCCGUGCAGCAGAUUGGGGCCUGGGAGUUUUGGUGUCCCUAGAUGGGGUAUAUCAUGUUUGCUAUAGUUUUGGUACUCUUAUCAGCCAUCCUGCAGACAUUCUGGAAAAUAUUCUACCUGACUUGCUGCUUUUGUAGUUGGCUUCGGAGUUCUCUGUGGCUGCAGUUCAAACCGCAUCAUAUUGCGGCAGGAGCUGCCUACCUUGCCGCAAAGUUUCUGAAUUUGGAUCUUGAUUCUUAUAAAAAUAUAUGGCAGGAAUUCCAAGCUACACCGGAUAUUCUUCAAGCUGUUGCUCAGCAGUUGACGGAACUCUUCUAGAAGGAUGGCGCAUGGUUGUUACACUAGUUUGUGUAUAAAAUUAGGAUAUGCAUAUCAUGGUCGGACGGGAAAGCAUAUACACGACUUUUGCAGGGGUAUGGUGUGAGGAGACGACGAGAGACGCCAAGAUAUGAUACCUAUGUUUUCUCACAACUGCUUUCCUCUUGAACCUCUUGAAGGCUUAAAAAGUAUAGUUUUUAAGGUUUUGUAACAUCUACCAUUAGUACGCUUUUCGGAGUGGUAACCUACAUAUAAUGACAAAAUCGCUACAAAGUUUUUUA